AUGUUGGUACUUAUCGCUGGAAUCACUGGCCAACUGGGGCACCGCUUAGCCCUCACUGCACUUGGGCGAGACCUCUCCGUCCGAGGACUCGGCCGGGACCGGGCAAAACUUGAGAGAAGCUUUCUGGAAAAGCUCGAGUCUUUUGUCACCAGCUCAAACUAUUACGAUGUUCCCGCGCUUGAUAAGGCUGUUAAAGGCGUAGACGCUGUCAUCUGUGCCUACAGUCCCAGUCCUAUCCUCGAUUUGGAUGGCCACCUUCUCCUUCUUCGCUCAGCUGAGCGAGCGGGAGUCAAGAUCUUUGUCGCCUCGUCGUGGAAUUGCGACUGGACUAAAAUUAAAUUUGGAGACUUGGAGCCUUACGACAACCAUAUCGCAUUCGAGCAGCAGGCUGCCAUGACGAGCAGCAUCAACCCUGUCUAUCUGUUCACUGGUGUAUUCCACAGCUUGUUGUUCACGCCCUAUGGCCCAGGAGGACUCGACACAGCAGACAGUGGGCCGAAGCUACAUUAUUGGGGAGAUGGAGACGAGACCAAGCACCCCUGGACUCAUAUGGACGAUGCUGUCGCUUGGACGAUUGAGAUUCUGAUCAAUGGCGAUGGCAUCAGAGAUGGUAAUGGUGGUUUCUUCAGUUUCCGGUCUGGUCGACAUACCAUUCGAGAACUCGCCCGCGCCUAUCAAGAAGUCACAGGCACGGAAGUUCAGAUCGUCCGGCAGGGCAACCUCGAGGACUUGAGGACUAGAUUGGCCCGGGAGCGAGCCGAGAAAGGCAGAGAACGAUACUUUGAGUAUUUGCCACUUGCCUCUGCUCUUGUCAAUGCUACCGUCGACUGGGAGAUGAACGAUCCUACGGUGUUGGACCACAUUCAUGCACCAACUACCUUGGAAUCAGCCCUUAAGGAACGGUUCGAAUCAGGUUCUGCUUGA